UAUUGCUUCCAACCCAAAUCCUCCUCCUCAUCCCAAAUUUCCAAUCCAAAGAAUCAUGGCGCGCUGCUCCCCGCCGCUGCUGCGCCGCUUCUUCUGCUGCGCUGCCAAAUCCGCCUCGGCCACAUCCGCCGCCGCCGGCACCGAGAAGAAGAACAUCGUCUUCUUGGGAUCUCCCCAGGUGGCUGCCUCGGUCCUGGAUACGCUCUUGGCCGCGUCCAGCUCCCCCGACUCCGCAUUCCAGGUCGCUGCCAUCGUGACGCAGCCGCCGGCCGCCAAGAACAGGGGGAGGAAGCUGAUGCCGUCGGCCGUCGCUCAGCUCGCGCUCGACCGAGGGUUUUCUGGCGACCUCAUCUUCACCCCCGAGCGCGCUGGCGAGGAGUCCUUUCUGUCUGACUUGAAGGGGGUGAGACCAGAACUUUGCAUCACUGCUGCCUAUGGGAACAUUUUGCCACAGAGGUUUCUUGAUAUCCCACCAUGUGGUACAGUUAAUAUACACCCAAGUUUGUUGCCUCUAUAUCGUGGUGCAGCUCCUGUUCAAAGGGCAUUGCAGGAUGGUGUUGCAGAAACAGGUGUUUCCCUUGCAUAUACUGUCCGUGCCUUGGACGCAGGUCCGGUGAUUGCUUCCGAAAGGUUUUCUGUCGAUGACUGCAUCAAGGCACCAGAGCUCCUUGCUAUAUUAUUCAAUAUAGGGUCCAAGUUACUGCUGGAUGAACUGCCAUCCGUACUUGAUGGUUCAGCUAAGCAAAAGGCAAAGCCACAGGAUGACUCCAAAGCUACAUUGGCGCCCAAGAUGAACUCGGACGAGUCCUGGCUGACAUUUGAUGAAGAAGCUAAAGUUCUCCAUAACAAGGUGCGAGCAUUUGCAGGAUGGCCAGGGACCCGCGCAAAAUUGCAACUCAUGACCCAAAAUGGUGAACCAGAUGUUCUAGACAUCAAGGUUAUAAGUACGAAGGUUUCCACAUCCUGUGACAAAAUCGGAGACGAAAACGAAAUACUGUUCUCAGGGAACUCGCUGCUCGUUCCUUGCAGUGGGUCAACUUGGCUCGAGGUCUUGGAGCUUCAGCUACCUGGAAAGAAGGUAACUACCGCUCGGGACUUCUGGAAUGGUUUGCGUGGUCAGAAGUUGUUGAAAUCAACAUAGAGGGAAAUCUGGAUUCAUUUUGCAGCACAUUGCAAAUGAUGCAAAUGCCAAGACGACUAUAUGUUGUGCUCGGUUUAUAUACAUCGUGCAGGGUUAAAGGGUUAUUGACAUUUAUCCUUAGGCUCUAUUUGGAUGUUUGUAUUGGAAGGCUCCAUAUCAAUUUAAUAUGAAUUCACUUGUUUGGUUGUUCACUGAAUUGGCUCAUGGAAUCUGAGAGAGGUUUCAAUACCAAAUCUUGUUUGAAUGACAAACUUUGGAAUUGCAUAGUUACAUGAGUAUGAA